AUGGAACGAGAAACUAGCGGUCUACGCGGGCGCGUUGAAGAUAAACCAAUUUGCCAUCUCAACAUCCUCAGAGACAAUCGCCUUGUUUACACACUUCCUGGACGUGUCAUAGCACCUUCGCGUACAUCUACACAAUCAAAAAAUUUGACGGAUACCAUGAAGAUUCAGUUCACUUACCUCGCCGUCCUUGCCGCUGCCGCUGGGGUGAAGGCGGCUCCUAGUAAUACCGAGGCUGGAGUUCUGAAGAUCAGAGAUGUGUGGAAUCCGGAUGCUAAGAGGGUUUCAGUUUCGGUCAAAACCAAUGUAACGGGUCAGCCGCCAGCAACCUCCGGUACCCGAAAUGGCAACCGGUGCAUCAUGUCGGAAAUUUCCUAUUCGGGUUUCAUGGCCUUGCAACACGUUGCAAUGAUCCAAUGA